AUGUGGUUACUCGCGGACCUUCCGGUAUAUCCCGUCAAAUAUUUUCAGGCCUUAAAAGAAGCUGAUGCCGCUCGUUUCAAAAUGAACAAGUGUAUCGCCCUCAUCCUUAUCCCAUGCUUGGUGGCCUUUGUUGUGGCCCAGUAUCCCGGAUAUGGUCAUGGCGCCGGAUACGGAGUAGGAGGCUACGGAAGCGGAUAUGGUCUGAGUAACUUCUACUACAACUACGGUAACCAGCAGCAAGAGAAGAGCUCUAACUUUGCUCUCUUGAUCUCUGGUCUUCUGUUGUUGUUCGCCUUCAACAUUACCGGAACCUUGACUGGUUAG